AUGAAGAUCGCAGCUGCUUUUGCGCUGCUUUUCGUCUCGGUUUUGGGGCUGAGCUCGCAAGAUCCUGAUUCUUUGGAGGAUUAUACCUGCCAUGCAAACUUGGAUGUUGUAGCAGUUCGGGUGUGUGUGGAAUGGGCCCUGACUUUUGCGGUGACAGCUGUAUCUCCGAGUGUGAUGCGAAAAGUGAAUGUGACCCUGGAUGGGGGACGCAGUGGUCUGGGAGCGAGAAGUGUCCUCUCAAUGUCUGCUGUAGCAAGUUUGGUUUCUGUGGUACGACUGCAGAGUUCUGCGGUGAUAAUAAAGUUACAGAGCCAUCAUGCUCAGGAAACAGGAUAUUACGAAGGAUGGUCGAUUACUCGGGCCUGCCAUGGCAUGACACCGGAACAGCUCCCUGUCGGCGCGUACACUCACUUGAACUUUGCAUUUGCGUUCAUAGACCCAGUGUCGUUCCAAGUUGCCCCGAUGAGCGAGGCAGAUGUUGAGCUGUAUCCCCGUCUGACUGGACUAAAGGCCGCAAACCCAGGUCUUCAGGUUUGGAUCUCUAUCGGAGGUUGGUCUAUGAAUGACCCAGAUCAGUCCACUGCCACCACGUUCUCUGAUCUGGCUGCAUCUACAACUGCCCAGUCUGCUUUCUUCAGCUCUUUGCUGUCAUUCAUGCAGACAUAUGGCUUUGAUGGUGUUGAUAUUGAUUGGGAGUAUCCCGUAGCACCUGAAAGAUCUGGCAGACCAGCAGAUUAUCAGAAUUAUGUUUCAUUCUUGAAAAACCUUCGCUCGGCUCUGGGUGGAAGUGGUCACAACUAUGGAGUGACAAUCACUCUUCCUUCGAGCUAUUGGUACCUGCAGAACUUUGACAUCGUGUCAUUGGCGAGUGUUGUAGACUGGUUUAAUGUCAUGACCUAUGAUCUUCAUGGCACAUGGGAUUCUACGGACAAGUUCAUUGGACCUGUUGUCAAUGCACACACCAAUCUUACGGAAAUCAAUUUGACCAUGGAUCUAUUCUGGAGAAACAGCAUUGACCCUGACAAAAUUGUGAUGGGCUUGGGAUUCUAUGGACGGAGUUUCACACUCACAGAUCCAAGUUGUACCUCACCGGGCUGUCCAUUCAGCGGCGGUGGCAAUCCUGGAGCAUGCUCAGCUAGUGCAGGAACCCUCAUGUACUCUGAGAUCCAAGAUCUUAUAGCUGCAGGUGCAACGCCCACACUCGACAGCGUUGCAGGAGUCAAACAGAUCGUCUGGGACACAAAUCAAUGGGUAUCAUACGACGAUUCAGAGACCUUGAAGAUCAAAACAGACUAUGCAAAUGGUAAGUGCCUCGGAGGGACAAUGGUGUGGGCAGUCUCGACCGACGACGUAGCAGGCACAGCCGCGCAAGCCUACAUGAAGAACAAUGGCUUGUCCCAGUUAAGUCUUUUCGGCGGCGGAGCGAGCACCAAACAGGAAGACGUUCUGUCUACCUGCAUUUGGGGUGAAUGUGGAAAAGACUGUCCUGCCAACUCCAGCCCUGCCCAACGCAGUGAUGGUAAGAACCGUGGUAACGCGGGUAUCUACACUGGAUGUCCAAAAGACCAGACCCGUAACUAUUGCUGUCCUAAGGACCAGGAAAUGCCCACAUGCGAAUGGCGUGGAUCGGCCCCUUUCUGUAAAGGUCAGUGUCAUGAGGGUGAAGUUCAGGUGUCAUCGGACACUAGCGCUACAGGAGAACUCUGCUGGACUGGGCAUAAAGUGUUGUGCUGUACAUCGACAAAGUCGGAUGCUGGUAUUAGCCAGUGCAGUGAGUAUCGCCGUCAAGGUCCCAGAGUUUACUUUGAUGUAGUGAAUGCUAACUACGACACAGAGUGGGAAGGAUCAGCACCAUUUUGUGGAAAGAAUGGCCGUGUUGGACAACACUAUGGAUGCGAUGAAUCCGAUCGUUAUGAGGAGACAUUUGAUAAUGUCGGUGCAGGCGGAGAAUCCUAUUGCUACUCGGGAUAUAAGUCAUUCUGCUGCACCAGUCCUCCUCCCUUCACUGGAUGUGGAUGGACUUCAAAAGAGCAACCAUGGCUUCAUCCGUUUACUUGCCCUACUGGCUGUCCAGCCGGCAAGCAGCCUGACGAUGACAGCGAUCUCAACUUCUGCGAGAGCACAGAUGGAGACUACGUCCUUAGUAUCUCCGCAGGUGAAGGCAACUAUGACGAGGACGGUAACCCAGCAGAUAUUUUAGAGCUUUGGUGGUAUGAGGAAGACGUAUUCAUUGUCCCCAACGAUGCUUCCCCAGAUGACAUGAAGCGCGGACUCAGCGUUAUUCAAGAAUUGGCCAGUCUGCGAGUCGACCGUCGCUGGGACCGUUCACACGGCUUGAACAACCACACACUUCCACAAGUCUGCCUUUCACCAGAUGACUGCUUCUAUGCCCUUGAGCCUGAGCUUCCCGAGGUUGAGGCUUUGCUCAGUGAAGUGCGACUCUCAUGGGAGUAUGCUGGUACCUUCCGUCACAAUCCAUAUGCCGAACCUUCAAGCAUCGUGCCUCGCGCACGCACAUCAGUUGUCAAGUUGCCGAACAACAAACGAACUAAAUUUUUGGCUUCAACGUACUAUACUGUCGCAGAUUUGGCAGGCAGAGGAAGAAAGUUCUGGGCAAAUGGUGGUGGCAAGGUGGCUAAGAUUUGCAUUAAGAAUGCUGCUGCUUUUCAAGCAAGACAAUUGGCCCGCAAAUAUGUCUCGGAGCAUGUCACUGAGCUCCAGACUCCGGCUCAGUUUGCACAAUCAAUGAUUGACAGUAAAUAUCCAGACGGAACGGCUCUAACUGGCGUUACAAGCGGAUAUAACUGGGAAGACGUCUUCGGCGACAACGGCUAUGUUCAUUGGACGUGGGCAAACCUUGGUGUUGCAAUGCCAGCAGGUUUAGUGGGCGACACGCCUAUUGAUGCAAUCUACCACGCACUUGGUAGCAGAGGAUCUAAUGCAGACUACGAUAACAUGAUGAUCUGUGAUGCUCAGACCAACUCGUUGAAGACAUCGAUGUGGGCUAUCCAUACAAACAUUAUCAGUGAUAAGCGAUGGAACGCAGCAGCUCCAUCAACGAGACUCGGGUUUUUGAAUAACCUCGACCAGUCUCUGGUACCGGCACAAGCCGCUUUGAAACACGCCUACGACGUACAGCAACAGAUCUUCAAAGCCCUAGACACCGCUGCUCAAACCAACUCCAAGAUGACUGGGCCCGGUGCAUCCAUUUCUUUUGCCUCUUUGCACAAGACCUGGUAUGAACGGUUCUUUGAGGAGUUGAAUGACAAUCUUCAAACGUUCAUUCAAGCCAAGGUCGAUAAGGAGGUCACUCUGUGGACAGGUGGCAGUGGAGCAUAUGGACUUUACAAGAGUGCACAGAGGAACGCAGUAGUUGCAAAUCUCAAGGGAAGAUCGACUGCUGUUAGCACGUUGGUUGUUCUUACGGCAUGGAUCACUUGA